AUGGCCACAACAAGUGAUUAUGUCGAUGUCUUGAUCAUCGGCGCUGGGCCAGCAGGGCUUACCACGGCGAACUCGUUCAACGGCAGCAACCAGCGCGUGCGAUUAAUCGACUGGAAGCCGGCGCCGCUCGAGACUGGUCGAGCGGACGGUCUGAAAAGCAUCUCGAUCGAGGUGUUGGACUCCUUCGGUAUUGGUGACGCAGUACUCAAAGAUUGCCAGCCCUGCGAAGAGAUCGUGCUGUGGAACCCGGGCAGGGAUGGGGUGAUUACACGGACGAUGACCAUCCCAGACAAGGUGGAGGAGCUGGGACAAAUUGAGCGCGUCAUGGUGGAAAACCUCUACAAACACAAAACCGUCGAAGUCAGUUGGAACACCCAGCCUGUCAGCUUGCAAAUCGACCCUUUGACGAAAGACGAGCCCGAGGCAUAUCCUCUCACCAUCACGGUACAGGACAGGGAAACCCACGUCCAAGAGACGAUACGUGCGAAAUAUGUGGUUGGAGCGGACGGUGCGCACAGCUGGUUGCGCAAGUAUCUCAAUAUCGGAUUCUCAGGAGAUUUGACAGACUCCACCUGGGGGGUUAUGAAUCUGGUGCCCAAGACCGACUUCCCGGAUAUUCGCAAAGUGUUUGUAGUCCAUUCCAGCGUGGGAACCGUCAUGGGAGUCCCACGCGAAGACAAACUCGUCCGCUUGUACAUCAGCAUGGACGGAGGAAACCGUCACACGUCCACCGAUGCCAGGAGCGUCACGGCAGAGAUUCUUCUCAAGGCCACUCGAGCAAUCCUGGCACCUUAUACCCUCGACGCUGCGCGGAUCACAUGGUGGUCGGCCUACUGCGUCGGGCAGCGGGUGGCCGACGAAUUCGCCCGUCAUGACCGGAUCUUCUUGGCCGGCGAUGCAGUCCACACCCACUCUCCCAAGGCAGGUCAAGGGAUGAAUACCAGCAUUCAAGACGGAUACAACAUCGGCUGGAAGCUGCGGUAUUGUCUGGAGCAAAAGGCGAGCCGGGCCCUGCUCUCGACAUACCAGACCGAGCGUCGGCCCAUCGCGCAGGCGCUCAUUGACUUCGACCGAAAGUACCUGAAGUCAUUUACGCGAAGGGAUAUCACCCACCAAGAGUUCCUCGAGGCAUAUAUUGCCGGGCAGAGAUUCACUACGGGGAUUCAGAUCCAGUAUCCGCGGUCGCUCAUCGUGAAAACAAAGCAAUUUCUCACGCCAGCUCAUCCUCGAGCCACGAACCUGGCACCGGGAAAGCGUCUGCCUGAUUUCCAGAUGGUCAAUCAAUCCGACGCGGUGCCUAUCCAAGCAUAUCAUCGGUUCACCAGUGACGGCCGUUUCCGCCUGCUUGUUUUCCCGGGCGACAUUUCCCAAGAAAUUGCUCUCAGCCGCUUCAACCUCCUAGGAGAUUGGCUCAUCUCACAUGUUCCGCAGACUUCUGGUCUGGAGAUAAUCACAAUCCAUGGGGCCAAACGCGCUAAUGUCGAAUUGAUGGAUCUUCAUCCAGCCUUCCGGCCGUGGAGCGACGAAGAUGGAUGGAAUUACUGGGCUGUGUAUGCCGAUGAUGAGAGCUAUCAUAAGGGUCACGGGCAUGUGUAUGAGCGCUGUGGAAUCAGCAAGGAGGACGGCGCUUUGGUUCUGUUGAGGCCGGAUGGAUAUAUCAGUCUCAUCGCCUCUUUCGAAGAAACUCAUGAGUUAAUAGACUUCUUCGAUGGACUCAAACCAAGGUCGAGAACUGUGCCGGAGCGGCCAGCGAACUUGUAA